AUGGCUUCCCAGCACAACAACUCCUUUGAACCCCAGUCACCAGAAAGUGGCCUUGUAUUAGACAACAGGAACUUCAUUCCAAGCCAGGACACUUCUCUACAGUGGGAAGAAGAUAUCUGUAACUCCUCAACUGCUCAGCUCAACUUUCCCACAAAUGACAAUGGUUCCCGGGCAAAGCAUGAGCUCCAAGCAAUCUUGAAGUCAUUUACCUCCUGGUUGAAGCCAGAAAAGCAUAGCAAAGAGGAGAUGAUUUCUCAGCUGGUCUUGGCUCAGUUUCUCAAAACUGGGCACUACAAGGACAAGUCUAUCUUGAAAGAGAAGUGGGAAUCAAAUGGCAGAAACAUGGGGAGAUUCAUGGAGAGUCUGACUGAUGAGUGCUUGAAGCCUCCUGUCAUGAUUCAUUGGUAAUGGUCCUCUGGCUUUGUUUACAGGUUCACGUCCAUGCAGGGGCAGGAAGCCCUCUUUUCUAAGAAUAUGUCCUUAGAAGAAACCUUCAACCUUCUGAAAGGGCAGCAAUCAGCAAGAAGUUCAAUACAAGAGAGUGCAAGGACACCCUUGCCAAUCCCCCAAGACAUGUUAUUGACAACAGGACAUGAAGACUGGGAAGAUGGCCAAAACAAUGGCUGGAGCACUAGUGAUGUAAAUGAUGGGGAUAGUCGUCCUGGAAAUGAGAUGGACUCCCUUUCCCUUAUCCAACAAGUUCAGUUUAAUGAACCUAAAGACAGAAGAGUUUCUGAUGGAAAUCCUCUGGAUUUAAGCAGAACAAGUCAAGUCACCUCUAGGUACCAGGAAGAAAUUCAUAGAGGAACUUCUUCUGAAGAUGUCCCUAUGGAGGUACAACCAGAGAUGAUCUCCAGUCCAGAGCAGACAGAAGCCUGCCAGAAUCAUGAUGCAAGCUCCACACGUGCGGGUCGCCAAAAGAGACCCCUCAGAGACCCAAAGACAUUCAAAUGUGAGCAAUGUCCCAGAACCUUUAAAUAUCCCAGUAGACUUGCCGCCCACCAGAGAAUACACAAGAAGCAAAAGUCAUUUGUCUGUAAAACAUGUCAUAAGGGCUUCUAUACUCGCUCAGACCUGAGAGUACAUAAGGUCAUACACCAGGAAAAUAAACCUUUCGAAUGUAGUACUUGUGGAAAGUCUUUCAGCAAUCGAACCAAUCUGAAAGCUCAUGAGAGGAUUCACACAGGAGAGAAGCCCUACACCUGCUCCCUGUGUAACCAUAGCUUCCGCCAGUCAUCCACAUACCACCGUCACCUGAGGAAUUGCCACAAAGCAGACUGA